CUCUGCAUGCUGUAGGCAAUGCCGCCUCUCUUGGUAUGACAAAACAAGGCAGUAUUUCUCAUUGCGCUUCUCAUAGCUGGUAAAAUGUUCCCCAGGGUGAUUUUGAAGGGAACUCUGAUCAAAAAAUCUCAACAGAAGAAGCGAGUGUCACCCUGUAACUAUAAAGAGCGAUUUUUUGUGUUGGAUACCCAAGACCUGAAGUAUUCUGAACGUCGUCCCGGGAAAAAGCCUUUGCUGAAAGGUUGCAUCGAGCUGUCCAGAAUUAAGUGCGUGGAGAUUGUGUGUACUGAUGUGCCCAUACCAUGCAGCUUUAAGUACCCUUUUCAGGUUUUUCAUGAAAGUUAUUACCUCUACAUAUUUGCACCAGACAAUGACUGCCGUCAGAAAUGGGUCAGAGCUCUUAAAGAGGAGACAAAGAAUAACAACUUAGUUCCAAAAUACCACCCAAACUUCUGGAUGGAUGGAAAAUGGAGAUGCUGCCAGCAAACAGAGAAACUGGCGACUGGGUGCAACGUGUACGACCCAGUGGGCUAUGCCUCUAAAAAGCCGCUUCCCAGCCUCCCGGAGCCAGAGAUGGAGCUGGAAGAUUCGGGGCAACAGAAGGUCAUCGCUUUGCAAAACUACACGCCACAGGGAGACAAUGACUUACCUCUUCAGAAAGAUCAGGAGUAUCUCCUGGUUAAGAAUUCCCAUUCCACCUGGUGGCUUGUACAGGAUGAGAGAGGGAACUCGGGUUUUGUGCCCAGUACAUACGUAGCUGAAAAAUCCAUCAACAACUUUGAAAGAUUUGAAUGGUACAACAAAAACAUUAGCAGAGCGCAAGCAGAAGAAUUGCUAAUGAAAGAGGGUAAGGAAGGUGCAUUCAUUGUGCGGGACUCAAGACAGGCGGGAGUGUACACAGUGUCUGUUUUCACCAAAGCACCAGGGUCUAAUGGGGAGAAGAAUCCGAGAGUGAAGCAUUACCAAAUCAGACAAACCGAAACGAGCCCAGCUUCUUUUUACCUGGCAGAGAAGUACCUGUUUAGCACCAUUCCUGAGCUCAUAUAUUACCACCAGCACAAUGCUGCAGGGCUAAUAACACGGCUGAGACACCCCGUCUCUCAAGGUCGAUGCUGUUCCCAGGAUUCUACUGAUAUCACAAAAGAUCAGUGGGAAGUGGACCCUGAGGAGCUGAUACUGGGUCAGGAGAUAGGCAGCGGCCAGUUUGGACUGGUGCUGGAAGGCAGCUGGAGGGAUCUCAAGGUAGCGGUGAAGAUGGUAAGAGAAGAGUGCAUGUCAGACGACGAAUUUAAAGAAGAGGCACGGAUUAUGAUGAGACUCUCUCACUCUAAGCUGGUACAGCUGUAUGGCGUGUGCACACAACAUUCUCCUAUCUGCCUCGUGUUUGAGUACAUGGAAAACGGCUGCCUGACGGACUACCUGCGAGAAAGGAAAGGCUCGUUGUCUCAGGAUAUAUUGUUGGGGAUGUGUCUGGAUGUCAGCGAAGGGAUGGCUUAUCUAGAGAUGUCCAACUUCAUCCACAGAGAUCUGGCUGCCAGGAACUGUCUCGUCUCAAAGAACAACGAGGUGAAGGUAUCGGACUUUGGAAUGACCAGAUUUGUUCUUGAUGAUCAGUACACGAGCUCACAGUGCUCCAAGUUCCCUGUCAAGUGGUCAGCCCCAGAGGUCAUCAGAUACUGCAAAUUCAGCACCAAGUCUGACGUCUGGUCAUUCGGUGUGCUCAUGUGGGAGGUGUACAACGAAGGCCGACUCCCCUAUGAGAACCGCACUAAUGCAGAAGUGGUGGACUCCCUGAACGCAGGCCUGAGGCUCCUGAAGCCACGCUUGGCCCCGGACUCUGUCCACCUACUCAUGGAGUGGUGUUGGAAGGAGAAACCAGACGAUCGCCCAACAUUUGGGCUCCUCUUUCACGAGCUGGCCUCCCUUUCAGACGCCUGAACCAACAUGUGAUUUGUGAUUUUUUUUAUAUAUAAUAUUUAUUUUAUUUAUUUACUGUAACCAGUUGCUUGUCAUUUGUAAAGUUAGAUUAUUCCAAAGCAAUUUUAUAUCCUGGAUUUUGCACUUUAUCUCUUUCGUAGCUUUGUAAGUAUCCCCUGAGAGGGCUCACACAGUCCAUUCACACAGCUACUGGUGCUUCCUGCAGAAUCAUGUAAAGGUCUGAGUAAUUCUAUAAGCCAUAUAAAAGUGAGAUGUUUGCUUUUCAGUCAGCUGACUGUCAUUAAACUGAAUGUUUUACAUCUUGUCACUUCUCACUGUCUUAGUUUCCUCCACUACAAUAAUGAAAUCUUGGCAUAAGAAAUAUUUUUGUUUCUAUAUGAAGAAAUUAUUGAAGUUGCCAGAUGUUAUAUAUAUUUAGAAAUUAGAAAGGCUUUCCUGUUUUAUGGAGCUCACUGACAUUAGCCACAACAGUCAUAUUUUUGAUGAUCAUCCAUAUACUGUAUAUAAAAGAUGGA